CUCGAAGACGCGGUUUACAUUGUAAAAGACUUCCUGCGGUUCUUUAUUUUAUUGCCUUUGUUUUUUUUUCCUCUUUUUCUCUUUUUUUCAUAUAUUUUCUUUAUAUCAUCAUCAUGGAUCCUAAAGAUUUCGAAGUUGCCAAUGCUCCUACUGAUGGUAUUUCUGCCUUGGAUUUUUCUCCUCAAGCCGAUUAUUUAGCAGCUUCCUCAUGGGAUAACCAAGUACGGAUAUAUGAAGUGCAACCUUCUGGUAAUACUAUUCCCAAAGCAGCUUAUUCUCAUGAAGGUCCAGUAUUAGAUGUUACUUGGAGCAAGGAUGGAACAAAAUUAGUUUCUGGUGGCGCAGAUAAGGCUGGACGAUUAUUUGAUAUAAGUACAGGACAGAGCAGUCAAAUUGCAGAACAUAGUGAACCUAUCAAAUGUGUCAAGUUUAUCGAUCAAGGACAAAAUAUUGUAGCAACAGGAAGUUGGGAUAAGACAUUGAAAUAUUGGGAUUUAAGAUCUCCUCAACCUAUUGGCACAGUACAAUUACCUGAACGUUGUUAUAGUAUGGAUUCCUUUGGACCUCUAUUAGUGGUUGGAACUGCGGAAAAACAUAUUGCUAUUUUUGAUUUGAACAACCCUACUACUAUUUUCAAGCAAACUACUUCUCCUCUUAAAUGGCAAACAAGAUGUGUUACUUGCUUUACUCAUGGCAAAGGUUAUGCUGUUGGAUCUAUCGAAGGACGUGUUGGUAUACAAUAUAUUGACGAUAAAGAACACUCGAAAAACUUCUCCUUCAAAUGUCAUCGCGACGAAGCCAAGAAUGUAUUCUCUGUGAAUGCUAUCAGUUUUCAUCCUACGUACGGUACUUUCUCUACGGCAGGUGGUGAUGGUACAGUUAGUUUUUGGGACAAAGAUUCGAAACAGCGUCUGAAAGCUUUCUCAAAUGUGAAUGGAACUAUUCCCUGUACAGCAUUUAAUCGCAAUGGAAAUAUUUUCGCUUAUGCUGUUAGUUAUGACUGGUCCAAGGGAUACAAAUUUGCCAAUCCAUCAAGUCCUCACAAAAUAUUCCUACAUGCUGUUCGUGAUGAAGAUAUUAAGCCUAGGGGUACUAAGAAACGAUAGAUUCAACUUUAUUUCUCAUAUUAUACAAAUCCUUAUCAUUUUUUCCUUCAUUUUUUUUUUAUUAUCCUCUUUAUCACACACUCAUUUUUUUUUUCUUUAACUCAAAUCAUAUCCAAAUUUAUUUUUUUUCUCCCUCCUCCUCCCCCCCUUGUUUACAUUUGUUUGUGGAAAACAACUAUUCAAAAAUAAAACUUUAUUAUUUCUCAUCAUCA